UAAAGGAGACCAUGAACAAUGGAAGUGAUCCAAUCCUUUUGUUCACAAACGUGUCGGUACAUGAGCUUUUCGUUUGGCUGCACUACUACACGACAAACAGAAACACGGUCUUGCCUGAUAAAACGAAGAUGCCUUUCAUGGAUUUCGCUCAUCAAGGCCAAGGCUUCCUCACCUGGCAUCGAUUGUACUUGCUAGCCUGGGAAAGAGCUUUGCAGGAUCUGUCUGGCGACGAAGAUUAUGCAAUACCAUUUUGGGAUUGGACGGCUAGUGGAAAAUGUGAAAUUUGUUCUGACAAGUUACUGGGUAAUGUAUCUUCAAGCGGCGAUGUUGUAGGCAAAUAUUUUGGGAACUGGUUAACAAUAUGUUACCCCUCAGGAUCGAAUGUCACGGACAGUACGAAACUCUGCGAUCCUCGCGUGAAAACAGGCAAGUUGAAACGCUCUCCUGUUCAAAUCCGACUCGCCAACGGGUUCAACGCGGCCUUUCCUACCAAGAAAGAAGUUGCGUUCGCUCUGCGCUUUGAAACGUACGACCUCCCACCCUUUAGCAAAGAGUCAAGCUGCAGUUUCAGAAACCUUCUUGAAGGCUACGCCAACACAACCAGCGGACAUCGUUUGGCACCCGUGUUUUUUACCUUACACAAUGUGGUUCACAUUGCGCUAGGAGGCGCAAUGGCUUCAGUCCCGGCAGCGUCCAAUGACCCAAUCUUUCUCCUACACCACUGCUUCGUUGAUCAAAUCUUUGAAAAAUGGCUUCGAAAGUUCGAGAAGGACCCAUCUGCUCUCUCCGCUACGGAAGCUCCCAUUGGUCACAACAGAGGUGACGUCAUCGUGCCCAUGUUUCCAGUGCACACUCAUGAAGAACUAUUCUCAGAAUCGUUCUCAUUUGGCUAUGACUUUGAGGGAGUCGACAAGGACGGUAUGUGAAUCGUUGCUUUCUGACAAUUAGACUGCUCUCUCUCAGUCUUUGCGGGCAAUUCAUGCCCUGUCCAAUCAAAAUAUCAAAGUCCCGGCAUAGAAAACAAAGAGCAACCUUAUCAUUUAAUAUAACGCAAUGGCGAUAAUCGCGAGGUCGCUCGAGGAUGGUAAUAAAUGCUUUCCUACUUGCUGCUCGGCUUUUUCCCAGGCUUUGACUGUCAAUUAAUUCUUUGAAAAAAUAGGGAACUGGCUGCAUCGAAAAUCAUCAAGUCUUAGGACCUAGGCAAGAUUGUUAAGGCUUCAAUGCAGAUAUGUGUGGUGCACUAUUGUACUAAAGUUAACAAUUAUUGAUUAUGUUUAAAAGUGCAUUAUCGAAUUAUGAUGCACUAGAGAUUUAGGAGAGCACGAAAGAGGUACCUCUAGCUUCUUGAGUGCACUCCAAACUUCCCAAGUGAAUUAUAACUCGAUAAUACACAAAGGCAUGAACCAACUGCUUUAUAACAUCGCCAUGAAAAAUGAUUUCUCUCACUUAGUGAAGCUAACUUUGCAUCAUUAGAUUGCGCUGCACUCUGACGUACCCGUAUUUGAUAGCCCGGCUUUGCUGGCUAUGUUAUGAUGUAAUUAUGAACUAAACUCG